GUCAGGAUGUAUUGCAAAAAUACGCGAAACUUGUUUUGCAAAAGCAUUCUAACCUUAGAAAUUGGACUAUCGAAGAAAAGAAAGAGACGAAAGAAAACUUUGUAUAUUUUAACCGAAAAGCUCCACUAGGGUGCCCACUCUGCAAACGUAUACAUGACAAGGAUCAGCGGUGGUUCAGUCGUAUAUGCGCUAGAAGUGGUGAAUUCAUCGUAAAAUGUUUUCGGCAAAAUAGUGAUAAGUGUGGGGAAGUUUUUGAAUGUGAUCCAUCUAUUGCAGAAAAAAUUCAGCAAGAAAAUAAAAAUUUACCACAAGCCUCUCAUAAGAUAAAGGGUCCAGGUUUCCCUAAAGCCUUCUUAAAAUUCCCAUCUUGGGUUAAGUAUGAUGACCCCCUUAUAGCUACAGAAACAUAUAAGGAGAAAUAUGUAAAACUAUUACCCAAUGAAGGCGAUAUUUAUGUGGGAUCAUCUUGGGAGACAGGAAAAACAUAUAUUCUAGAGCAUCUUACUAUAUCUGAUAAUGUGAAUUUACUAGUAUUAUCCACGCGUCACUCCUAUUCGAAUGCUGUUAUUACAAGACUUAAUCUCAAAUCAUAUUGCGAUAUUAAUGAUAAUAUAAAUCUUUCUGAUCACAAGAGAGUUGUGUGUCAGAUAGAAAGUUUACAUUGUAUUACUAAUAAUUGUAAAUGUAAUAAAAAAUGCAAAUGUCUUCCAAUCCAAUAUGACUUAUGGCUUAAUGAAAUAGUAUCUAUAAUUGCUCAAGCACAAAGUCGUUUAGCAGGGCAAUCAAUAGAGAAAUUAUAUAAAUUAAUUCAAGAGGCUAGACGUAUUAUCGUCAUGGAUAAUAACCUUACUGAUCUUAACAUUGAAUGGAUUAAGACCCUUCAAACAGUAUUAGCUGAACUUUGGGAUUGGGUUAAGCAGAUGAUUUCACUAUCUUUUGAGAAAUGGAAAAAGUUAAGGAUUAAGGAAUAUCAUAGUAAAUCUGAUUCAGUAGAGAAGGCCACCGACUUCGAUAACGUGGAAGAAACAUGGAUAAAUGUAGAUCUAGUUGUAUAUACUAAAAUAAAUGCUGGAACGAAUCAGAUGCUAUUCCACAUGCGAUGUAUCAAGGAUUAUAUAUGUCAUAUUGAGCAGAGAUCUUCUAAUGUUCCCAUUAUAGAAAAGGGAUUAUUUCAGUGGUUAUUAAAUGCUAAACGUGAAUGUCUUCCACGAGAACUUCAAAAUAGAGGAAUUUUUCCAGAUAUUGAUUCUGUUAUUCAGAAUAAGGAUAUGCCAACUAUUCGAUUAUGGAUAGCAUUUAUAGAGGCGGGUAUGAUAAUUUCUAUCAUAGAAUCUGAUCCUAAAUCUAAUGAAAAUGUUAUUUCAUUGUCUCAAGUGGUAAAAACAAAGUGUACUAUUGUUAAAGCAGAGAAAAUAUCAGAUAUAUUUAAUGCUACGAUUGUUAAUCAUGAGACUGCUGAAAUUUUGGAAAAUAGGCUAAGAAAGACUUUGAAAGAAAUGCGUUCUUUAGACCAGUACCAUAUUGUGAAUUGUUAUCAGGUUCCACCUGAAUUACUAACCGAAUACUUCAUCUCAAA